GGUUAAUAACACAAAAACAGCUUACCACAUUACCAUGAAACCAGUAAGCACAAUCAAUUCAAUUUAUUUAUAUAGCACUUUUAACAGUGGACAUUGUCACAAAGCAGCUUUACAGUAAUCCGGACAUAGAUUUGUCUCUAAUGAAAAAGCCAAGAAGCAAGGAAAAACUCCUUGAGGGGACAUGAAGAAAUGUUGAGCGAAAACAGUAUGAAAAUGGAACCUAUGUUCAUCUGGGUGACACUGGUUUGUGAGAUUAUAAACCUUUACUCAUUUACAGCAGUGUACUAGUCAUGUGUGUGUGUAUGUAUAUUUGUAUAUAUCUCAGCCAUAACAUUAAAAACACUGACGGGUGAAGUGAAUAAUGUUGAUUAUCUCGUUACAGAGGCACCUGUCAAGGGGUGGGACAUAUUAGGCAGCAAGUGAACAGUCAGUUCUCAAAGUUGAUGUGUUGACAAGGACCAAGUUGUGACAGCUAGACGACUGGGGCUGAGCAUCUCCAAAACGCCUGGUCUUGUGGGAGUGUUCCCAGGAUUGCAGUGGUUAGUACCUAUCAAAAGUGGUCCAAGGUAGGAGAACCGGUGAACCCGUCACGGGGUCAUGGGUGCCUAAGGCAAAUUCCCCAGAUCUCAAUCCGAUCAAGCAUGUGGGGGAUGUUCUGGACAAACAGGUCCGAUCCCUGGAGGCCCCACCUCGCAACUUACAGGACUUAAAGGAUCGGCUGCUAACGCCUUGGGGCUGGAUACCACAACACACCUUCAGAGGUCUUGUGGAGUCCAUGACUCGAUGGUUCAGAGCUGUUCUGGUGGCUCAAAGGGGACCUACACGAUAUUGGGCAGGUGGUUUUAAUAUUAUGGCUGAUUGGUAUAUUGUGUUGGAAGGAUUUUGAGUACAAGCGUCAGGAUUAUUUUUGAUUUCAGUUUUAAUGUUAAAAAUGUGACUGGGAUUCGAGUGUAAACUGUUUUAUAGCAAUUAUGUGCAGUCUUUAGGCUGGCUGCGGUGGAAAACCUACUGUUUACAAAGCUUUAACACUGGAGACUCCUUCCAUUAAUGUUACAUUUGACCACCAUAGCAACAAUUGUUGUUUUUUGUUUUGUUUUUGUUUUUUUGUUAACAAACACCGCAUUUUUUUCAUCCAUAAAAAUCUAUUAUUAGUCUUAAAGUAUGUGUCCCAUCAACCAUACAAGUACCUGUGCGUAAGUUGUUGUUACUAUAGUAACGAUAAUGUGUAAGAAUGAAUGUGUUAAUAAUAAACAUAUGAUUUGACUUGCAGCCAGAACUACUAUCAGAGCUGCUGUUAAAUAAAAUUAAUCAACACUUUUAGAUUUGAGAAUUUCACUGAUUUGAGUUGUGAGUGGUGAUUUAAUAAUAAUAAUAAAUGACGCAAGUUGUUAUGGCGGAAGCGUCAAAAGUCAAAGAGGAAACUUCACCUCAGUUGCAGUAAGCCCCGCCCACGCCUUCCAUUCAAAAGCAGAAACCGUCCGAGCUGUGAGCUGAUUGGAUAGCCGGACGAUGGCGCUGUAAGGCGACGUCACGCUUUGAUAUGAUUGGUCAGCUCGUCGGUGACGUUCACGCGCUCGUGUUUACAGUCUGUCAGGAAGGAAGAGACGUCUCGCGACCUUGUAGUGAAACAGUGUGCAGAGAUCUCUGAAAACAAAAUGUCGCUACAAGCAGCAGCUUCAGGUUUAACCAAACCCGCGUUCAUGUCCGGAUUCCGCGUCCCUAAAGAUCACCUGAUCAUCGCGGUUCCUGUUGCAGUGGCCGCGGCUGUAGGAACAUACCUUCUGAGCAGGUACUUCAGCAGCCGUAGCGACUCCACAGGGAAGGUGAACCUGGAGAUCAACAAGGACAACGCCAAGGUGGUGCACAGCUUCGACAUCGAGGACAUCAGCAAGAAGGCCGUCUACUGCCGCUGCUGGAGGUCCAAGAAGUUCCCCUACUGCGAUGGCGCUCACACCAAACACAACGAGGAGACCGGAGACAACGUGGGUCCACUGAUCAUCAAGAGGAGAGACGCCUGAACGGCUCAUCACCACCCUGCUGUGUUUGAUUCACUGGGAAAAGGGUUGUGUGUGUGUGUGUGUGUGUGUAACAUCAUUACUGUAUCAGACAAUAUAAAGACUUAAAGAUAAAGAUGAAAUCCACUACUGUCAUCGUUCUCACCUUAACACUAAGGUUGUGUGUCACUGGUGCAUUAAAAAACCGUUUCACACAAACCUGUUCCAGGCAGCCGUGUGAACCAAGACAUCACUUCCUGGCAAACCACAAGCACUUAACAGGUAUACAGACCGCAUUUCCUGUCGAUGUCUCUCGUACCGUGUCUGCCUUUUCAUUUAUAACAAGCUGUUUUUGACUACAAUUGAAUGUUAGUCGAUUAGUAUGAGUUUUAAAGUAUUCCUAAUACAAGUUUUAUUCAUGAUUCAGCGUCUCGGUGUUAAAGUGCAAGAUAUGGAGCUAUAGUAGUAGUAAAUAACGAUUCAUACUCAUCUCUAUACACGGCUUCUGUAGAACGUGCGUGUGUAAUCACCACGGAUAGGGAUUUGGACUUCCCCCACCCCCCCAGGAUGCUGUCUGUGUUGCAUUUCCUGUGUUCUGCAUGUAUCUGUGUGUGUGCGGUUUCCUCAAGGUUCUCUGGUUUUGAUCCCAGCUCCUGAAAUCCUGCAGGUAGGUGGAUUGAUUAAGAUAAAUUGCCCCCAAGUGUGUGAAUGUUGCGCUGCGACCGUCUUCCGUCCCGUUGAGGGUGUACAGUGUUCCUGCCUCACGUCCGGUGUACCCAGGAUCCAUCUCCAACUUUGGGAAUGCGUAAAGUAACUAUUAGGUGUCGACCGGUUAUUUCUCCUCUAGAGGUCGCUCUCGUACUGUAUAAUGACAGCAGACGCUUCCCUGCCACUCCCGCAAAGGACGCAACCGGGAAAAACUAUCCCGAUGUUUGCCGAUAACCGAUUGCUGGAACGAUCAGUUAUUGGCAAAAAUCCACACCCAUGGUUUUUCCUGAUUAAUUUGCAAAAUUGAUCAAUCGGUUGUCCUCUAGUAUCCGUUAUCGCUUGUUACUGUAUUUCUCCAGCUUAUGAAGGUUGAAUAAAACUACAUAUUGAAAUUUUCGAUAAGAUUUUGUCCGUUUUGUAGCAAGUGCGAGAAAAUGUUACGUCUGUGAUAUACAGUCGUAUAUUUUAAACUUUUUUUCAACAGCUCUGAGUGAGAUUUGAGUUUCUGUUCUUUUCUCAGGAAAGAGAAAUGCAUCCAUUUUCAUCUGUGGGAAUCACACGCACAUUACAGGUGCAGUGGUUAGGAGGUUAAGUUGAACAACAGUGGAGUAUCCCUGCAUUGGCAGUUGUUCCGUUAUUAUUUAUUUUACUCUAGAUAACUGUUCUGUCCUAAAACAGAUUUUCUGACAUCCUAAUCAAUAUGCAUAAGAAAAUGAUAUCCAAAAUACAUGACAGUACAAAUAUAUGAUUUAAAAAGUGUUAUGUACAGUGAACGAAACAAACAAACAAAAAAAAUAGAGAGGAAAAGAGCUCGCUUGUGAUUGCUUACAGUAUUUGGACAUUGUGAUGUCUAUUUUCUUGGAUGAACGAAGCAUAUAUUUGAAAUAAAAGUUGUUGAAAAUGGA